AUGAAGCUGUUGGCAGCUGUCAUUUCUUCGGCUUUGGCGGCCAGAGAGCCCGAUGCCGAAAGGCGACUCGAGAAGAUCACAGCUCGAGCAACUGAGCUCAAUGCCUUCGUCCAAUCCUAUGACAAAUCAUCCCAGAAGCAAAAAGACAACGUCGACAGAUGGGUCAACCGACUCCUCCAGGAUCUCAACAACAUCGACACUUCCAAGUGUCCCCUUCCAGCCGAAGAAGACAAAUUCGCCGACGAAAUCGACACGAUCGAAGAUCUCUGCUCCGGCGCUGAACGAGUUCCCUCGAUGAUCCGAAGCUACGCUCGAAAAUUCGGCUGCGUGGAAGGAUUCCCGAAGCGAAAAUUCUUGGAGAAGGUGAUCAAGCGAUCCCAUAAGCUGAAAAAGGUCGCCCGCCGAGCUGGACGAUGCGACAAGCCCGAAGUGACGACGGAACCAGCUCCGACCGAGGCUCCAACAACUAUGGCUCCAGUGACGGGCGUCUGUGACGCAGACCAGCAUGCCGUCUGCAGUAGUCUCGGAAACUCGGAGAUUUUCUUCGAAAACGAAUGGACCUGCCGAAACUGCUUCCGAAUCAGAGCCUUCUACGGCACUGGCGGCGGCUUCACUUUUAACCCAAAGAAGGAUUUCGUCAGCAUCAAGUUCACCGAGCCCGUCUACUUCCAGAAAUGGAAUCAUCCAAUCCAUCCGGACGGACCAGUUGAAGUUGCAGGAAGCAACAAGCACCACUGGAAGAUGAACUUCAAGGAAGACGGCAACUUCCUUUCUGGAAUGAUGUUCGACGCUGAACUCAUCACUUCCGAUCUUGACCUCUGGGUUGAUGGUCAGUGGAUCAUCGACUCUGCCCAGUCUUGCAGAUGCAAACCUGGCCCUCCACCUCCACCCGAAUGCGAACCAGCUGAUCCAUGCAGCGGAAGAGAAAACUGCGAAGCUUUCGUCGAUAGCUGCGGAAUCACUCCAUCAAGAAACAACAAUAUUGCCACUACAACAGGCUCGCCUGCUUUCAAGGUCUCCGCUGAAGUCAAAUGCGGAGAGAUUCCUGAUGAUUGGCAAAACAUCAUCCACAUCAACGCUGGCAGCAGAUGGGACGUCCUUGGCGACAGAUACUUUGCUCUUUUCGCUGGCCCUGAGACGAUGAAAUUCAGCGCUCCACUCAAAAACUCCGGCAACGUAGCUGGCGGCGGAAACUUCAUGGUCAACCACUACCCGAGCUGCACUCCUGGCGAGUGGAACAAAUACCAAGUCGAGCAGCGAUAUACCGACGCUGAAGACACUCUCGAGCUCACCAUGUCAAUCGAUGAUGAAGUCUUUGUCACUCGAAUCGUCGACGUAGCCGAUGCCUUCAGCGGUGAUCUCUUUGUCGAUGUCUCCAACGACUACCACGAUUCUGCCACUGGCUUCGAGGUCAGAAACUUCUACCACCAGACUUUCCCCGAAGCUGAACCUUGCGACCCAGUUGAUCCAUGCGAGGGACGAGACAACUGCGACACUCUCGUCGACAGCUGCAGCAUCCGACCUCAGCACAGCACUCAAAUCGGAUCCGUCGAUGGUAAUGCUGUCUACAGCGCCAGCGUUGAUGUCUUCUGUCGCCGAACUGAAGGCCACUCCUGGCAGAGCGUCGUCCACAUGACUCAAGGUGGAUACAGAGAAAACUUUGGAGACAGAUAUUUCACCAUCUGGCAACGAGACGAUGGUAAACUCAAAAUCAACGCUCCACUCAAGGGCAACACUCAAUUCGACGAGGUCGAAUACUUUGUCGACUGCGAAGAUAACUCCUGGACUAACAUCGCUGUCAAGCAAACUCAGAUUGAUUUUGGCCGACUCGAACUCACCGUCUUCCAAGAUGGAAACGCUCUCGGCUCCAACAUUAUCCACCACACCGACGCCUUUGUCGGCCCAGUUGAGGUCUGGUCUGGAAACAGCUGGUUCGAGCCCGCCAGUUUCUUCAAGAUCAAGAAUUUUAUCCACUCAUCGCAACCCUACGAACCUGAGCCAUGCGAUGCUAUUGAUCCAUGCGAAGGACUCGAGAACUGCGAGACUUUCCAGGACAGCUGCGGAGUCGCUCCAUUCAGAGGAAACCGACUUGGAGAAUCGAACGGACAUCUCGGAUUCAAAAUCUCCGCUGAAGUUCAGUGCACUGACCGAGUUGCUCCUUCUUGGGAAAACGUUCUCCACGUCCACACUGGCACCAACCGAGAGAACUUCGGUGAUCGAUAUUUCACAAUCUGGAAGGAAGCCAACAAACCCGAUGGAAUCAGAAUCGUCGCCCCUGCCUUUGAAAACCCUCUUUACGAACUCAACGCUUACGUUUCCUGCGCUCCCGGCUGGCACACAUUCACCGUCCAACAAUCCGAGUCCAGCAAGAAUUAUAUGCUUCUCGAAAUUUUGAUGGACGGAGUUGUCGUCGAAUCUCAGGAAGUCCGAAAAACUGAUACUUACCAAGGACCACUCUUUGUCGAAGCAUCCAAUGAAUUCGCUUGGCCAGCUGCUUACGAUCACGUCGUCCGAAACUUCUACCACCAGGAUAUCACUUGUGUCGAUCCAUGCCACGGCGAAGACAACUGCGAGACUUUCAUCGAUUCCUGCGCCAUCAACCCCGUCAAGAACAACCGAAUCACCAACGUCGUCGCCUCCGUCAACCACGUCACAUCUGUCGAUGUCCUCUGCACUCACGUUGAAUUUAGCUCCUACAUGAACUUUGUUCAACUGACAAGCAUGGCUCUUGAUGGCAACCCCGGCCAGCGAUUCUUUAUGCUCAACCGCAGACCAGACUCUCAGGCGAUCACACUUGGCUUUGCAAACCCCGAAACUUUCAAGUACUUUUCGAAUGCCGGUGAUUUUGACUGCGUCCCAGGCGAAUGGAACACUUACAAACUCGAGCAAAGACAGGACGAAAGCAACCCAGCUCUGACCAACAUCGUCGUCAGCGUUAACGACGACAUUGUCGCCGAACGAGUUGUCGCCACUCACCGAGUUUUAAAAGGAGAUGAGCUCAGAGUUUACGCUUCGAAUAAAUGGAACGACGCUGCUGCUGACUACGAAGUCCGAAACUUCUUCUACAAGACCUUCGACGAAGUCGACUACGAGCCAUGCGUUGCUGUCGAUCCUUGUGAAGGCCAGGCUGACUGCACCACUUUUGUCGACUCCUGUGACAUCCGACCUGAAAACAAAAACAAAGUUGCUACAGUCAGAGCUGAAUUCAACAGCGUCGUCAGCGCCGAAGUCCAAUGCUCUCACGACAUGGAACUUGGCGAUUGGACGAAUAUCCUCCAGAUGACCUCGAUGCAGCUCGACGGAAACCCCGGACAACGAUUCUUCAUGCUCAACCGACACAAGGACAAUCAGAAGCUUCAAUUGGCCGUCGCUGACCCUUCAACCGACGGAUUCUGGGCCCAAAGCGGCUGGUUUGAUUGCGUUCCUGGCGAGUGGCAGACUUGGCGAUUCGAGCGACAACAGAAUUCCGACAACCCAACAAUUGUUGAUCUCUCUGUUUCUCUCGAUGACGUCGUUGUUUACUCCAACUCUGUUGCCACUCACGAAGUCUACGCCGAGGCAGAUCUUGAUGUCUACUUGUCGAACAGAUGGAACGAUGCUGGAUCCGCCUACGCCAUCCGAAACUUCUUCUAUCAGACUUACCCGAAAAUGCAGACUGAUCCAUGCGCAGCCGACGGUUAUGUUCGCUCAAGACCUAACUGCGAGACCUUCAUUAAUGCUGCUCCAAUGUCGCCCUCAGAAAACAACCAGAUCGCAACUGUCACUGCUUCCGUCAAUCACAUUACAUCAGUCGACAUCCUCUGCACACAUGACAUGCCUAUUGCCGGCGUUCACUACCAGAUUCUCCACAUGACUAAAGAUGACGGAACAAGAAGCCUUGGAGAUCGAUUCUUCUCCUUCUGGCGAAGACACACGAGCCAAGAGAUUCUCAUCAACUACGCUUCUCCAAUGGGCAACCAGUGGGGUGAAACCGGCCGCUUCUGGGAUUGCACUCCUGGCGAGUGGAACACUUACACUCUCGAGCAAUUCCAAGACAGUGAAGCUCCUCACAUGACCACUUCUACGGUCAAAAUUGAUGGAGUCAAUGUUCAUUCUGUCCGCGCCGAAACCAGCGAGAUCCUCAAGGAUGUUCCAAUUAAGGUCUUUGCUUCCAAAGGUCUUCCAGCUAAUGCUUUCCAAAUCCGAAAUUUCUUCUACCAAACUUUCCCCGAGCUUACAUACGAGGAGCCAACUGCUGUUCCUUGCUCUGACGGACGAGUAAACUGCUUCGAAUUCGUCGGUUCGACCCCAGCUGCUCCACAACUGAACCUCCGAAAAGCAACAAUCACUGCUCACGCCAACAAUGAAAUCUCUGUUGACAUCAAGUGCGGAGCUAUGAACGACAACGUGCACAACAGCAUCGUUGAAAUCACCAAUGGCGCCGCUCGAGGAGUCCUCGGAGAACGAGUUUUCAUGAUUUGGGAAGCUCCAACUGGUCGACCAGGAAAACUGUUGAUCAAUGUUGCUGAUCCAACUGGAGUUAACAGCGAUACCGGAUUCUGGUUCGAUUGCAAUGAAGGCGACUGGAACACCUACAAACUCUCCCAGCGACAGAACGCCGGUGAUUCUUCACUCACCGACAUUGUUUUCACCAUUGACGGAGUAACCAAACACACUCGCCAAGUGCCCUCCGCUGACGUCCUCCGAGACGACGACAUCCACGUCUACGCUGGUCGAUGGCACCCAGCCACCAACUACGAAAUCAGAAAUUUCAGCUAUCAAUUCUUUGAUGAAGUUUGA